UGCUUCAAAAGUCUGGUCUGUUCUUACCUUAAGUUAGUUAUUGCGUGGAAGUUGUGCUGUGCAGGUGGAAAAUAGUUCUUGAAACCAUGAACUCAUUACAGGCCGAACACACAACUGAAUGUCAGUCGGAUGGGCAGCGGGCAAGCAAUUCGAUAGCAGAACGUGAACGAGCACCAUCCACCCUUAGUACUCAGAAUGCUAAUGCGACGUUCGAUGAAGAGUAUGACACCAGUAAUCCACGUCGUGGUAUGGCCAUCAUCUUACACCAUGAAAACUUCGAGCUGAUGAGCAAACGUGAAGGAAGCAGUCGGGAUCGUGAUACCGCUACUGCGGUACUGACCAAUAUGCAGUUUGAUGUUCGUGUGUAUAACGAUUUGCGGUAUAACGAGCUGAACAGGGAACUGGAACUGCUUGCCAGCGAGGAUCAUUCGGAUAGUGACUGUUUGCUGGUAAUGAUCAUGACGCAUGGAGAUGAUGACGUACUGUAUGCCUACGAUACUGUGUACAACGUGGACACACUGUUUGAACGGUUUAUGGGUGAUGCAUCUCCAACGUUGCUCGGUAAACCGAAGCUGUUCUUCAUCCAGGCGUGUCGGGGGAACGAGUUUGACAAAGGUGUAAGAUUGGGUUGUGCCGAUUUGGCUACUGAUAGCCUCAUGUCCUGCAAAUAUGUUAUACCGACAACGGCCGAUUUGUUGGUAAUGUACUCAUCGUACAAGGGUCAUGUUUCGUGGAGAAACCCAAUCGGCGGUUCCUGGUUUAUACAGGCACUGUGCGUAGAAUUGGAACUGAGCUGGAGACAUCUGGAGCUGCUCCAGCUACUGACGGCCGUUUCGCGCAGGGUAGCUUAUGAUUAUCAAUCAAACGUUCCGCAGAGUGACACGAUGGAUGCUAUGAAACAAAUGCCCUCGAUUGUGUCGAUGCUAACGAAGCUUGUUUACUUCCCAGUGAAGAAGGAGUUACAAUAAAGGUUAAUUAUCAAGAGUUUGAUUAUGGGCAAAACUAACUGAAAUAAAAAUGAUUUAGAAACUAAGCUUUUAAGCUCGGUCGUAUACAUCAGGCACAACUAGAGAUACGAUCAAAUCAAGUUGCGUAUAAUCUGGUUGAUUUUUUUUUAUAAUAUUGACAAUAAAAUACAACAUAUUUCUAUUAAUUUUAAAGUCA